AUGCUGCCGGCCGUUAUUUGUCGUCGACCGACGCCAGCUAUAUCAACCCUGAUCAAACUAGCGACAAAGACAACGGAACUGCAAAGAAGAUACUCCGGAGAUUUUAGGAAAUCAAUACCACAUGUCCAUGACCCCAAAUUAAAGCCAGUAACCAAGGGGGGCAUUACCUUCCACGCUUUCACGCCCGUCCUACCCUUGGAUCCUCCAAAUCCCAUAGUCUCAAUCUCAGUCUGGGAUCCUGUCGUUAGAUGCUGGAUUCCCUGCGAGACCGAUGGUAUCACACUUAAAAUGGGAAACCGCCGGCUUUUAUUGGAGAAAGAUGUCGAAUAUAAAAAUAUGCUCGCCCCUGUUUGCGGCAUCGAGUGGAGGUUGAAAGAAAAGGAGAUUCUACCGGCGUUUCUCGAAAACAUCUAUCAAUAUCCAUCCUCUGCUAUGUAUAUCCAUGACGAAAUCCCAUCGCCAUUACAUCCGAUCCUUUACUUCGGAUUACACCGCAGAGGACAGGUCGCAAGGGUUAGAAAUGAAGACUUGCCUUCCGAGCAUAGGGCAGUCACGGAUGCUACACUGGCCUCGCUACUUGGUGUUCGAAAUAAAAUCGAAGAAAUGUUUGCUGCGGUUAUCUAUUCAGAUGCGGUAUGGAUCCGUCUUGAAUGUUCAGAGCCCCUUGAGAAAAGUCGGGCUGUAGAGAUAUUACUGGGGACAUAUGAGAAACGGUUCCAGGUACUAACUGAAUUGGCGUUACCGUGUCGGGGGAAAACACCAUUUUUACAAGGCACAGGGCGAUUUGAUGUAUCCCCACGAUACGGAAGAAGGGGAGGGGGAGGGGGAGGGGGAGGAGGGGGAGCGAGAAUUGAUGAGCGUAGGGGACAGAGAAAGGAGGAUUUCGGAGAGGCUUUGGUGAGGGAAUGGGAUAAUGGGGGUGGGGACCAGAGAGUGCCAUCGCGGCGCCCUGACCCCCGGAAAACAUACUUUCCCAGCCGCAAUCCCUGGGAGUAA